CUGGAUUAGACACAGUGUUUUGCACAGAGUACCUGUCUCCUGUCUCAUCUGUCCGCUCCGCUAAUAAAAUAAAUCGCUACAUCCCUAUUUAAUUCCCGAUCGUGUUAUUUUUUUUUGUUCUGUGUUUUGCACCAUUGCUCCAUUGUAAAAUCAAUACUCACUUAUUCUGCGUUGCUUGAAGAUUACCUGUCGUGGCGUGGAAUUAAAUUCUCAAUCGUCUGCUGCUGUGCUGUGUGGUUACUUACGUGACACCUGUGUAUUUAUCGAUCCAAACCAUUGAAAUAAAUAUUCAUCAAUCAUAGAUCAUGGCUUCAAGAACAUUUCGCAAAAUUUAUGGUGGUGCUGAACUACCGCCACUGGAGGGGAACUCUGAUGAAGAGUUUGCACCCCAUUACGCGAAAGAAAUUAAGUCAAAAUUUUCAGGGUUGGUUGUAAGUUCGAAUUCGGAAUCUGAGCAAGAGGGGCCAGAGAAAAGUGAUGAUGAUUCUUAUAUGAUUCCGGCUGAGACAAAAUCAAAAAAGAAAAAUAACAAAAAGAAGCAACGACGAGCCAAAAACAAAAAUGCCAGUGCUGACAUGCCAGAGUUGGACGAAAUAGAUAAAUCCGUAAUGGAAGUUAAUGCUCUUCUUGGAAAACCGCCACCAGCAGCUCUGGUGCAGGAAAAAAAAGUGGACCCUAGGAAAGUGCUUUUCUCAGUAAAGGCUAAGCAUUUGGACUUUAAUAAUGAAUUAAAAAGGAUUUUUGGAUCAGAAUCCCUUGAUGAAGCUCACGGCAAAAAAUAUCGCCCCCACAAUGUAGUCAAAUACAGGCGGGCAGCAAUAGUUCCUAUUCUAGAAAACAGACAUUAUGUCAGCGUGGGACUGUCGAUGUCUGUCCACCGUCGUGAGAAUGAUCCGCUGUCAUAUUUCACCUUUGACCACAACAGAGAGUACCAGGCCAUGCACCAACGUGUUCUUGAGCUUGUGACCCAGGAUGAAGUGUUACCCCCAGACGAUCGGAGGAGCAUUCACAUUGAGGGAAUGUUGCAAAGUACAGAUUACAUGUUCCGUGCUGAAGAGUACACUGCGGCCAAUAACCUGCUAGAGCAAAUUAUUUCGUAUUUGCACUACGUAGCGCAUCCGUGCUUCAACUUAACAGAUCAAUCAAUCCGCUUGGAGUACAAGUACUUGGAAAACAGGCCUUUCCACAUCGCCGUUCUGAAGUAUUGCCACAUGCUUACAAAUAAGGCCUGCCACCGCACCGCUUUGGAGUUGGCCAAGCUGCUCCUAAACCUGGAUCCGUCCGAUCCCCUGGCUAUCAUAUACGUCAUCGACGCCAUAGCUCUUCGAGCCAGGGAGCACCAGUGGUUGAUCGACGCCAUUGACUACUGGAAGCAAGAGCGCGACGCGGAAUACUUGUUCAAUAUUAAGUAUUCCUACGCAAUGGCCCAUUUCCAUGUUGCUAAGAAGAACAAGACUAACGAUUUCACCCGAGCCGACGAGCUGCUGAAAGACGCUCUUCUCCACUACCCCACGAUCGCAGCCAGGAUUUUUGAGAACUGCAAGCAAGAUUGCGCCAAUCUCUACAACCACGCGUAUUUCAGCCUCAGUGGCGAGGACAAGUUCCCUGAGAAGGUGACUACAGCCAUGAUCCUUCACGCCAAGCUCGUGUGCUGGCGUUGGCGCGAGCCCAAGGUGAAGCAGUGGUUCCUCAAGAACCUCAACGAGCUCGUGCAUCAGCUCGACAACGAUCCCGCGGUCAAGGCACGUUCUGAGCAGAUCUCCCGUAUUCGGCACUCGCUCUACGCUGCGUGCCCGGAACAAAUUCACCGCCACAUGCACGUGAUCAAACCCAUGGCUAACCUCCUGGUCGAGUGGGAGCUGCCAAGGAUGACGCGCCAGACCUCGUUUAACCCCAUGCCGCCAGCGAACACCAUCAAUCGGUACCAUUACGGCGUCGACUUAGGUCUCGACCCCCGAAACGUGACGCACUAUUUGGGACUCUUCAAUGCUUUCACGCGUUUCAUGGGUCAGCCUGAACUUGGCUUUGUGGCCAGUGACGCAGAGGACACUGACACUGAGAACCAGGGACAGGUGCCUGAGGGCCAGGUGCCUGAGGGUCAGGCUUCUGAGGGCCAGGCUCCUGAGGGUCAGGCUUCUGAGGGUCAGGCUCUUGAGGGUCAGGUUUCUGAGGGUCAGGCUUCUGAGGGCCAGGCUCCUGAGGACCAGGCUCCUGAGGGCCAGGCUCCUGAAGACCAGGCUCCUGAUGGCCAGGCUCCUGAUGACCAAGCCCCCGACGGCAACAACGCUCCAGGCCAGGCCCCGGACGGCCAAGUGCCUGUGGUAGCGGCCCCGCCCCCGGAGGGACAGGGUGCCGUCGGGCAGGAUCCUGGUGAUGACCAAGGCGGCCAAGAACCUUCACAGAACCCUGGUGGUCAAGAUGGUCGACGUAACGAUGACGACGAAGAAGACGACGAGGACGACGAGGACGAUGACGACGACGACGACGACGACGACGAUGACGAUGACGACGACGACGAAAAUCCUGAUGACGAUGAUAAUAACGAUGAUCAAGAGCAGUUUGAUGAGAAUCAAGAUCACCGCGGCGACGAUGACGACGCUCCGGAAGGUGAAGCGGAGGACCCCGACCGCGUGGCGCGCUUGGAGGCCUUCAUGGCGUUCAGGAAUCUUCUAUUGCAGGCUGCUAAUUUGCCACCCGAUGACCAACUCGAUGCAGACGAUUGGGAUUUUGUUCUCCCGGGUCUUGAUGAUGAAAUCGGAGAUGAGAUAACUCCGCGACACCAAUUUCUCUAUUUGCAAUUUGAGGCAAACAUGUUUCACAGUCAUCCUACGUCGAUAUUUUGUAUAAUUGCUACAGAAUUUUGUGAAAGAUUUUCAUUUUGUGGCCUUAGAACUAUAUUGUCCCUGUACCUAAGAAAUGUGCUAUGUUUGCACGAAAACGCGGCAACGGUGGUGUACCACAUAUUCAUAAUGCUGUGCUACACCAUGCCUCUGAUGGGGGCCAUCCUGGCCGACAACUUUAUUGGACGAUAUAAGGUCAUAUUAUAUUUCUCGAUAAUUUAUCUGUUCGGUACCAUAUUGACUUGCUGCUCUGCUAUACCGCCUCUUAUGCUACCGCCUACGACAACUUCGAUGAUUGGUUUGGCGUUGAUUGCUACUGGGACUGGAGGCAUCAAGCCUUGUGUUGCGGCAUUUGGGGGCGACCAGUUUCGCCUCCCAGAGGAGAAUCAGAGACUGCAGAGGUUCUUCUCCACUUUCUACUGCACAGUGAACCUGGGCGGGUUCAUGGGCAUGAUCGUGACGCCUGCGCUACGCAGGAGCGUCACGUGCUUCGGCGACGACGCGUGCUACGCGCUGGGCUUCGGCUUCCCGGCGCUGCUGGUGCUGAUAUCCAUUGUUAUUUUUGUUGCUGGGAAGCCUUCGUAUAGAAUAAAACAGCCUCGCGAUAACGUCACAUUGAAAUUCGUGUCGUGUGCUUGGUAUGCCUUGAUGAAACGUCUGCGAUAUGAUAGAGAUAAAGACGGCCCGCCACUUGAACACUGGCUCGACUACGCCUCGGAAAAGUACGGAGAAAAGCUCGUAUCGGACAUGAAGAUAGUAUUUUCAAUACUCUACCUUUACCUGCCUGUGCCUAUAUUUUGGUCUCUGUUCGACCAACAGGGUUCCCGAUGGACUUUCCAAGCGUCGCGGCUCCGAAGCGAGGUGUUUGGAGUGACGCUAAUGCCCGACCAGUUACAGGUAAUGAACCCCGCUAUGGUGCUACUGAUGAUCCCCGUCUGCCCCGGGGGUGCGUGGCCGAUGCUCCCCGACCUCCCCCCGCUUCAGAAAAUGUUCGUCGGAGGCAUCCUGGCAGCCAUGGCGUUCGUUUCAGCUGGCAUCUUACAAAUUGGGAUAGAGCGAUCGACCCUCCAAGUGCCGGCCCACCACCAGAGCGGGCUAGUACUACUGAAUACUCUGGGCUGCCCCGCGGAGAUAGCAGUGCGGGGCGAGGGCGUAGCGCCCGUGGAGGCCCACGGGACGGCUCUAAUGGCGCCGCUGCCGCACCGCGUCCUGACCGUCACCGCCAGCUGCCCUGCCAACUGCGCCGGCCGCGUCAUGAAACGGCACGUCGUGAGGGAGGACCUCAAGACUGUGGCUAGCAUGUUCAUGCCGAUAGUCAUCGGACAGAAUUCUGACGACCAAAUCUCAUUUUAUUUCAUGGACCCGAACCCUUUCACGAAGUCUUUGACGGGAAAGCCGAAGUUAAAGGUGGUGUACGUGGGUGAUACAGGGCCGAACAAAAACGUCUCUAUAGCGGUGGAGACGGAUCGCAGCCUCAGCGACAUCUACUAUGUAUCUGACGCCCCUAUUGACCACAUCGGCGAGUCGGCAUACAUGUGCCUGCAGCCUGGCAAGUUUCGUUGGCGUGCCGAGAGCGCGGGCGGCGAGGUGUCCGGCUCUGGCGAGGGUUACCUACGCGCGGGCGGCGUGUACGUGCUAUGCCUGCGCGAGCGCCUGGGCCGACUAGAUGCAGCUGUCCUGCACGCGCCUAACCCACCCAACGAGCUGCAACUGUCCUGGAUAGUGCCGCAGUACCUGCUCGUCUCCGUGGCGGAGAUCAUGUUCGCUGUGUCGGGCCUGGAGUUCUCUUUCACGCAGGCGCCAAAAAGUAUGAAAACCAUCACCAUCGCCGCGUGGUACGUGUCGGUGGCGUUUGGAAACCUCAUCGUCAUAUUGGUGGCUCAGACCAAAAUCUUUGAGUCAAGGGCGACAGAAUUCUUCGUGUACGCCGCGGUGCUGACGCUGGCGAUGCUGGUGUUCCUCCGCAUGGCGCAGGGCUACCAGACGCGGAGUAUUGAGGGCGACGCCUCCUCCUCCGAGAGCCGGCCGCUGCUGCAUCAUCGCUCAAAGGUGAUAUCAGUCCAUUCGCUGUCGACCUCUAGCACGCGCGCCUUCAGCGGCCGCAGCAGCGCGGCGUCGUGUCUCGGGCUGAUGGAGCGCGCGCGACCUGCUACCUGGCCCACGCGCGCCUACGUGCACCUCGCGACACCCAGCACUAGCGAGCCUCAUGUCACGACCCUCGCCAAGUAGACCGCCUGUAGUGUGCUGUUCACCGCGCUAUUGAACAUCACUACGACAACUGUAGCGCGGCGUCGUGUCUUGGGCUGAUGGAGCGCGCGCGACCUGCCACGUGGCCCGCGCGC